AAGGUAACCCCAUAACCAUUUGUCCAUUUUCUAGUUAUUCUUUCUUUACUUCUUUAAUUAUAUUACCUCCGAUUUGAUAUCAAAAAAUUGGUGAAAAACAAGCAAAUGACUCCUCUAUUGUGUGUGUUCUUAAUAGCAGAAAUGGGAGUGAUCAUGAUCUUAUUAUUUAGGACACCUCUAAGGAAACUAGUGAUGAUUGUUUUGGAUUGUUUAAAGGAAAGUAGAGGUCCCGUGAUUUCAACCGUUGCAACAACCUUGUUUCUGAUCCUGAUGUCUUGCUUGUAUAGUAUAAUGAGGAUUCAAAAACGCUCGAUUGAGACUGGAGCCGUUAAUCCAACAGACCAGGUUCUUUUGGCAAAUCAUAUUCUUGACGCAUCGUUAAUGGGUUUCUGCUUAUUUCUUGGAUUGAUGAUAGACAGGCUUCAUUACUAUGUUAAAAGGUUUGAUGAUGCUGAAAGUGUCAAACCUUUCGUCAUAAACAAUAAACUUUUGGAAACAGACUCCGACUGAAUCAACAUUCAUGUAACAAAGUUAUACUACUUUCGAUAAUAGAUUUCAUACUUUACGUGGUAAAUGUACCACACCUUUGUGAAUUCAUUAUUAAUGUAUAGAAAAAAUAAAAGGAUGUUUCGGUCGAACUUGACUAUAUCAUCUGGAUUCCUUUGGUGACCAUAAUUUUAUCAUAUGAUAAAAUAGAUUUCAUGA